AAGUACCUGCAUGUGGUGAGAGAGUAUAACGCUGCGGCCGACUCUCUGGCAAGCGAGACUCUCGAGUGCAAGAAGCCUACGGUGGUAUCGUCGGACGACCGAGUAUUAGAGCUGAUGAAGCUGAACCGUAUCGCUGAAGUCAUCUACGAGUCUCAGAAUGAAGUAGAAGCUUCACCGCUGCGUGCCGAGACGUCACCAGCCCCACCGAACGCAGAAGACAUUGACCCGCUGGUAGUACAGGAAGAACGCCGAAGGAGAAUCGCCACCGCUCAAGAUGAAGAGUUACGGUGGUCGAAACUGAAGGCAGUGCUCCGAGGAGAUGAUGCGAAGAUUGGAUACAGAGCAGCACGAGAUGCAUGGAAAAUGGCGGACCAGUUUGUGUUGAGCGAGGACGAUGUGCUAUAUUACACUAGAACGAGCCGUCGUUCAAGUGACGACGAGCAAGCCGAGUUGAAGAUGAGACUCAUGGUACCCACAACGAUGAUCCAGGAGGUCCUGCAAAGCUGUCAUGACUCACUCGAAGGCGGUCAU